CAGAGGGAACGAAGAGAAUACUGCGGCUUUCUUCAUCCGCAAGGCAUCAACCGUUCCUCUCGUUCCUGUGGCACCGACGGACCGUAGCAUCUUAUGAACUCUACUUUGUCGCGUAACAUCCUCGAGGAACUGCUUGACCGAGCCACAUCAAUGUCGAAGCAUGCACUGCCAAAUUAAUGUGGAGGUUUUAAGUCAUCCGCUGCCAUGAAUUAAUGUUUGACAGCUACAAAUCACUGACAACUGAGCCUUGUACCAUCUCCUGAACACUUUUUUGAGUGUUGUUUCCAGUUAUCUUUACCAGAGAGAGUGAGAGAGAGAAGCUGCUUGUUCUUUUGGCAAUGAGGAGUGGAGAGUGGAUGGUCAUUUAUGGGGUUCUGAUCGUGGAAUGCUACAUGGUUGCUGCGCCGGGGGCAAGACUCCAGCAGAAGGCCGAAUCCACCACCCCCAUUCCGACCUUCUCUCCUCCUGAAGGCAACACAACAUUUAUCGAUGGCACCACAUGGUGUGUGGCUCGUCCGGGGGUUUCACAGUUGGACCUCCAGAACGCACUUGAUUGGGCCUGUGGACUCGGUGGCGCUGACUGCUCCCUCGUCCAGCCCGGCGCCGCCUGCUACCACCCGGACACACUCCUCUCCCAUGCCUCCUACGUAUUCAACAGCUACUAUCAGCAGAACGGCAACUCCGAUAUCGCGUGCUACUUCGGUGGAACUGCAGCCGUCGUCAGAAGAGAUCCGAGUUAUGGGUCCUGCAAGUUUCUCAGUUCAGAGCCGGCCUCUGCUUCGCCAUUGUUUCAGAGGAGCUUCCUCUUGAAGAUUGCGGGAAUCUUGAUCCUUCACUGUUUAAACACCAGAUUAGGAUCAGCAUAGGCAUUGUUGGAUAAUUUGGAUCAGCAUCUACUGCAUCUGUAGUUGGCUCUCUAGGAUUUUAGUGGUUUGAGACCUGCAAAUGGAUAGUCAGAUAUUCCAUGAUCAUGAGCUUACUUGAUGACGCCGUUGUAAUCGUAUGAAUCAUUUGUAGGCUUAAUAUCAUGUGUAUGAUGUGCUGAGACAGCAUCAAAUUCCAGCAGGUUUUUCUUUCUUUCA